GCGAGGCUUGGGUACAAAACACGCUAAAGAAGCCUCAUUUAUAAAAUUAUAUUGGACGUAGUUGGUUACAGCUCCAUGGUUUACACAGACUGAAACACAGUUGAAGUGACCGGUGACGUUUUCAGGAUUCUGCUUAGUAUUCGUGCGGUACGUCCGGGACACUCCGGUUCCCAAAACAAACAGGCAACCCAACGCACGGCUCCCUAGGUCGAGCUGGUCGAAAGUGCUUGUUCAUCAUUGGUAGGGGAACCACCGUAGCUAGUGAGACAGCGAGCGAUGGAGGCAGGAGGCCGGGUUUCGUGGAUGAAAUAUGGGCCUGUUGUGUCCCUGUUUGUGGUUCUCUUGGCCUUCUGGUUCCGGUCACCCCAGAAUGCAGUACUGGACGAUAGGCUGGACACCGUGCUGUCCUCUCUUCUCCGGGCUGAAGGCAAAGUCGGGGUGAAUAACGUCGCCAGACCGAAAGUGGCUGUUGGUUUUGGAGGUUGUGUUGACCUGAUAGUAGACGGGGUAUCGUUGCUUAAUAAGAUUGGCCUCCCUCCCACAGACCAGCCCCUACAUCAUGACUACAUAGAAAAUGAAGUGCAGCUGGCUCAGAGCUUUGCCUACUUCUUUGCACCAGGAGCUGCUGCAGAGCGUUUUAUGCUAAAUGAUACCCUAUUCAGUGAGCUGGUCGAAGCGUCCCGUGACUUACCUGGAAACAGAUGGGCAGUAGGCGGCAAUGCCCCGGUGAUGGCUGGUCGCAUGGCAACUGAAGGAUGUGAUUUAUUGCUAGGGGGGAGUUUUAGCCCCGAUUUUAUUGAUGUCCUGUCCCAGCACAUAACAGUGGCAGGUAACAUAGUAGAAGAGCCAGACAUUCAUCUGAUCCUGGAGUAUCCAUCUGGUGCUAGCUGGGGUAACUAUACCUCACGUAGAGCCAACAGAUAUAUCGUCCACAGCGAUGACCAUAACCCCUACCUGGACUCCAUGGCGGAGUUUGCUAAGAAACUCAAAGACUUCGACCCAGAUCUUCUGGUAGUGGGUGGGCUGCAAAUGAUGGAUAACUUCCCCUUCCAGUCAGGUGAGCGGGACGCUCUCCUGUCCCGCCUGGCCGACCUCCUGUCCUCCUCGUCUCCACAGAUUGGAGUCCAUUUUGAGAUGGCCAGUUUUGUAGAAGAGAGUAUAAUGGAAGACCUACUCCACUAUGUCAUCCCCUAUGCGGACUCUUUAGGGAUGAAUGAACAGGAACUUCCCAACCUGCUCAGUCUGCUUAAAGGCUCCAACAUCACAGUGUUGUCAGACCCAAACCCUCGUGUAGCUACUGUCCUCGACCAAAUGAGGGAGGUCUAUCGCAUCAUAAACCAGCGCUCCAAAGAUGCCAGUGCAGAAAGUGACACAAACGGUGCAAAAGCUAAGCCACUGACUCGGCUCCACGUCCACACGCUGGCCUUUCAGGCCAUGAUUGUGACACGCGGCUCCCAGUGGAAGAACACCAUGUCCGCCACCGCCAAGGCCUCUCUCACAGCGAACCGCCAUGUCUGUGGCUCUAACGACAUUGACCCCAGCAAGGCGAGGCUCAUCAUGGACGACUCCUUCUCUGUUAGCCGGCAGGAGGGCAGCCAGCGUAUCCCUCUUCAGGAGACCAGACCCGUCAGCUGCUGGGAUGAGGAGGACUAUGAGAUCUGCGUAGCACCGGUGCUGGUGUGCACUGAGGUUUACCAAACUGCAGGCGGAGGGGACAACAUCUCAGCCGCUGGCCUGGUGCUGCAGAUCUAGUAGAAGGACACUAUAUGGUCUAUCUGUGUGUAGUGCUAACUACACAUUGGCAAACAAUGUGACUCUGGAAACGUGAUCUAGGUGUGAUGCAAAGUAGCCGGCAAACAUGGGUACGGAUAGUGAAAUGUAUCAGGCUAAUGCUGUCACCUUGGCAGCUCAUGGCCUAGGUGGACCAUAAGGGAAACGGAUUAUCAUUCAUAGGGGUCAGAUGAUGGGAUGCAGUAGUUAAUAAUCAGGUGCAGUUAAAACUUGCUCAAGUUUUUUUCAAGUUUUGAAUUGAGUAAAGUCAAUCCCCAAGUCAUUGUUGCCCGUCAUCUGACUCCUGUCCUACUCUACUUCUCCAAGGCCUAAUAAGACUUGGGCCUUCAUCCAGGAUUAGAUAAAGAGGGAUGAAGUUUUGUUGUAGCUGACAAAGCUGCAGGAUAAAUUCUCUUUAAACCUGUAACUCCACUAUGCAGCAACCUCUUCCAGAGUUGUUUAAAUGCUGAAAUAGCUGAAUCUUCUGUUUCUUGGGAGCAGGUUUAUCAGGUGUCACCUACUUAAAAUCUACAGUUCCAUCCAGUAAAUGGGGCUUUGCCUACCCCUGCCUUGCAGCAUAUGCAGUUUCAACUUAAGGUUUAAAAGUUAACAUGAUGUCACUUUUAAAAGAUCACAUCUAAACUCUUUUUUUGUUUUAUUUUUUAUGAGAAGGCUCUGUCCUGCCUCUUCCCUCUCCUAUCGCAUUCUCAAAGGCAAAGAAAGAUUUAUAGUAGAAAGCUAGUGAGGUUAUUGCCUCCUGUUCUUCCUAAUACAUGUGAAAAAUUGUGCAUAUUGGUUUGGGUGUGUUUGAUUUGUUUUAAGAUUGUCAUUCUUCUGUGUGUAGGUUGCAGUGCAAUAAUGCAAAAACAAUGUAAAGAGACCACUGUUGGUAGCUGGAUAUGAUGUCGAAAACCUCUCUACCUCCAUGCUAUUUUAGUUUCUCCCCUUUUCCGAUUACUCUUUUCUGUCACUUUUUUAAAAACUUUUCUAUUAUAUGUCACAUCUCUUAUUAUUAAGGACCAAAAUAACCAGUGUGGACUGCCCCUGAUAACAUUGCUGUGAAGGAGAAGUUACUGGCAGCCAGUUCUCAUGUUCUCAUCUAAUAUGUCUGCAUACAGUGGAACAAUCUCAUCUCUAGUUUUAGGUUAUUUCUUUAAGAAAGAGGGGGUUAGCAAUAUGAAAUUGUAAGCUUGACUUGCUAGCUUGAAUGGUGUCACCAUGAAUCCCCUAAAUCUGUGGAAUAUUGGAACACACAGUAAACAUAAUAUUUUAGUCUUCAUCCUACUUGUAGUAGGAUUAGAAGCGGAAUAACACUCCCCUAAUGAGAUCAUCUUUAAGUGAAAAUGGGGCCCUGCCUCUAAUUGGCCACACAACUCCCAUUUCACUUUUUUCAGGGUUGAAAUCGCUUUUAUCUGAAACUUUAUGCGACUGGACUUGAAUGGGAAUUAAGCCUUUUUUCUUUCUAUGUACAAAUCAAACAUUCCACCACUGACCCAGCUUUUUAUUUUCUUUAUACAGCAUGUUUACGCUUCAACAUGCAAGUAGAGCUUCUUUUUUUCUUGAUUACACAAUUAAAUUAGUUUCUUCAAACAUGCUUGUCAAAACCCCUUCAGCGAGGAACGCAUUUAUUCAUGUUACAAUGCGACAAGUAUGAGCUAAAGAAAUCCCUUUAAAUCUUUCCUCUUUGUGUUAAGACUGUACUGAUUUGAUGCUGUUGUUUGAUUGUGCUGAUGGUAAAUAAGCCUUAUUCUGUUUUGACUUUUGGUGUUUAGUCGAAAAGGGAUUUUUAAUACAGACCUUUUCUAUUACUAUAGGUGUAUGUAUUAUUUUCUUACACGGUAAUUGGAAGACAAGAGUAACGGGUCAUGUUUUUACUGUGAAAUGAAACCUCAGCAUGCUUUCAUGUUCGGAUAGAGAAGUGCUUGUGUUUGCUACCAUAUCAUAUACUUAUCUAAGCUUUAGAUAAGAUUCAUGUCACCUAUGUUCCAAAGCUGUGUUCAACUGUUUUGUGCAUGUUAAAUAUUCAAUUCAGAAUCACCUAAGAUAAAAUGCUAUGCUGCUAAAGCUG